CUAUUUAAUUUGGUUAAAUAAUCACCAUUAAUAAAUAUUUUUCUAACCUAACCGACUAUCCAAUUGGUUUUAUUUCUGACAUAAUGAAUAAGCUAACAUCGUACACUAUAAAAGAAAUCCAUAAAUCUUUUUGUGAUAAAUUAUUGACGCCGACAAGUUUCGUUGAUUUGUGCAUUCAACGUGCGAGGCAAACGAAAGAAUUAAACGCUUUUAUUAACAUAACGAACGAAGAAGCCGAGAAUCAUGCAAUCGAAAGUGAGAAACGGGUGUACGUUGAAAAGAAAAGUAAGCCUCUGGACGGAAUUACGAUCGCCAUAAAAGAUAAUUUCUGUACAAAAAAUAUACAAACUACAUGCGCUUCAAAUAUGUUAAAAAACUUUGUUCCGACUUAUGAUGCGACUGUUUAUUCUCGUCUUAUCGAUUCUGGAGCAUGUCUCGUCGGAAAGUCGAACUUGGACGAGUUUGCGAUGGGUUCGGGGACAGUUGACUCGAUAUUCGGACCGACGCGAAAUCCUUGGUGUUACAGUGAAGAUUGGAGGAUAUCUGGGGGUAGUUCAGGGGGUAGCGCAGUCGCUGUGGCCUCUGGAGCCUGUGUGGCUGCUAUAGGCUCCGAUACAGGUGGUUCAACUAGAAAUCCCGCCGCUUUGUGCGGUGUUGUAGGCCUUAAACCCACAUAUGGAUUAGUAUCAAGAUAUGGAUUAAUACCUUUAGUCAAUUCCAUGGACGUACCGGGUAUCUUAGCUAGAAAUAUUGAUGAUUUAACUAUUAUAUUGAAUUGUGUAGCUGGACCUGAUAUUUUGGAUUCAACUACAAUAAAGAAGGAAUUUAAAACAAUUAAAAUUAAUAAAGAUAUAGAUUUGUCUAAGAUCAAAAUUGGUAUACCGAGUGAGUAUUAUUGUGAGGGAAUGAGUGAAGAUGUCUUAGAUGUGUGGAGGAGUGUCACAGACUUGCUAGAGAAUGAAAAGUGUCAAGUUAGUACGGUUUCCUUGCCUCACACGUCCGUGUCAAUUGCGGUUUAUUCAAUACUUAAUCAAUGUGAAGUAGCCAGCAAUAUGGCUAGGUAUGACGGCUUAGAGUAUGGAUUGAGAGCAUCUGAAGAUUAUUCUACAGAGGAGCUCUACGCUUCAACGCGAUCAGAGGGCUUCAAUAAUGUUGUCCGAUCACGAAUAUUUGCCGGAAACUACUUUUUAUUGACGAGAAAUUAUGAGAAAUACUUUCUCAAGGCUCUCAAACUAAGAAGACUGAUAGCUGAUGAUUUUAAGAAAGUUUUUCAUGGAGACAAUUCUGUGAAUUUAUUGUUGACGCCAACAACAUUGUCUGAUGCUCCGUUAUAUAAAGAUUUUACGUCAAAGCAUAAUAGAGAACAAUGUGCUUUCCAAGAUUAUUGCACUCAGCCAGCCAAUAUGGCGGGAAUACCCGCUAUUUCGAUACCUAUAAGAUUAUCAAAUAAUAAUUUACCGUUGUCAAUACAAUUGAUGGGUCCAAUGCUAUCUGAAGAACUAAUGUUGAAUGUAGCUAAAAAGAUUGAAACUAUGGUUAAUUUUCCUAGUCUUGAAGUGUAGAAAAUAAUUAUAGGGAAAAUAUAUAUAUUUGGGCUUGUUUCACAAGUUGUUACUUUGGCUCCCUGAAGGAUUUGCCAAUAUCUGAGUAAAGCUUAGUUUAUGUUAUAAGAAUUGUUAAGUUAGGACAGAAAACUUUGCUUUGUGUAAGGCUUUGUGGGAGUGCAAGUCGUAGGAGCAAAAAUAAAGACUAAGAAAUGAAUCAGAAAAAACGUCGGCCCCUAGUGUAUUGUAUUAAGUUUUGUAAAUAAAUUACUUUGUUGAAAA